GCGCUGUCAGUCGCAGACAGACCGUAGUGAUCGCAGGUCAGUCUCCGUACCUGAAAGUGAGUCCAGCAUGGCGGGACGACUUCUCCUCCGAGCAGGUUCAACAACACUGCAGCUGACAAGACACAAUGUGGCGGCUAGACCCCUUCAGCGCACCAUGGCCAGUGUGAGAGGAAUACCCACAGAUGAGGAACAGGCCACUGGAUUGGAACGACGCGCUCUGCAGGCCCUCAAAAAGGGAAAGGAUCCCUACAGCAUCCUGAAGCCAAAGGAGUACGCAGGAACCAAGCAAGACCCUCACAUUGUCCCAUGUAUUGGUACCAAGAGGCUGGUGGGCUGUUUGUGUGAGGAGGACAACACUGCUAUUGUGUGGUUCUGGCUUCAUGAGGGAGAAGCACAGCGCUGUCCUUCCUGUGGGUCUCAUUAUAAGCUGGUCCACCAUGAGUUGCCUCACUGAAAUGUAAUCGCACAAGCUCCACGCAACUGGGACAACACUGUCGCAUUUAAUUGCCCUAUACCACAACGUGUGCAUAUCCUUAAAUAUGUAAAGUUUCUUAUCAAUAAAAUGCAAACCUGGCCAGAA